AACAGGAAGUAGACGUUAUCACUGGGUCCUGAACUGGAAUGUUUAUGUAUACAUUUUCUGUAAAAAUCAAAAUGCUAUAAAAACAAAAUCGACACCCAAGUAGGCCCAGAUGGAGAUGUGAAAAAUGUAGUUAAUGCCAAUGGAUAAUAUUUCUAUGGAUCUGUAUGCCUAAGAAGGUUAAGAUGCGAUUUCUUCGUUUACCAAAACAAGAUGUUAAAAAAGGCUGAUGAUAAGAGCCUUAAUCCGAGCAUGUCCGUGCCAAGCUCUGCACCACAUCCAGAAGAAAAAAGAAAGACACACGAUUUUAGUAGAAGACAAGUUCUGUUCAAAACAUUUAUUGCAGGAGGAAUAGCAGGAUGUGUGGCAAAAACAACAGUUGCACCUUUAGAUCGUGUUAAGAUAUUACUUCAAGCUCAUAAUCAACAUUACAAAAAUCUAGGAGUUUUUUCGACAAUCAGUCAAGUUGUUAAAAAAGAAGGUGUACUUGGUUUAUAUAAAGGAAAUGGUGUUCAGAUGUUAAGGAUAUUUCCUUAUGCCUCCAUACAAUUUAUGACAUAUGAACAGUAUAAAAAUGUGACAAGGAAGUUGAUUGGGAAUCAUCCACAUCUGAUUAAGUUAUUAGCAGGUUCCAUGGCAGGAUUAACAGCGGUUUUAUUUACAUAUCCUUUAGAUGUGGCUCGAGCUAGAUUAGCAUUCCAAGUUAAGGGAGAACACGUUUAUUUAGGAUUUGUGGAUGUUUUUAAAUCUAUGAUAUAUGUUGAAGGUGGCCAUAAAGCUUUAUAUAGAGGAAUUGUGCCGUCUGUUUUAGGAAUGGCCCCAUAUGCAGGGCUUUCAUUUUAUAGUUUUGAAACUUUGAAGAAGAUGUGUUUAGAUAACUUUCCAGAAUUGUGUGGCAAACCUUGUCCCCAGAAUACAGGUGGUUUAGUUCUUAUUUUACCAGCUAAAUUAAUUUGUGGUGGGUUAGCAGGGGCUGCAGCACAAUCAUUUGCGUAUCCACUAGAUGUAGUAAGACGAAGACUACAGCUCUCCAUUAUGUUACCAGAUUCACACAAAUAUGAUAGGGGAUGGUUCAAUACAUUGAUCUUGAUCUAUAAAGAAGAUGGUAUUGUGCAUGGACUCUAUCGUGGACUUAGUGUAAAUUAUAUACGGGUUAUGCCAAUGGUAGCUGUAUCUUUCUCAACUUAUGAAGUCACAAAGCAAUUGUUUGGUCUUGAUACAGGAGUGGAUAGGUGAUGAUAUUUGCAUAUGGAACUAUAGUGAAUGUAUAAAAAAUAUAUACCAGUAUAUAUCCAUUCAUUCCCGGAGCUCCAUGAAAUAACAGCACAAGACUUGCAGGGAAUGUUUCGAAUGUGAUAACAUAGUCUUUCAAACCAGAUGUAUUCUUUUUUUAGUUAUUUGAACUAACAUAUAUCAAAUAAUUUUGGUGUUGGACUAAUCGCAGAAUCCAUCUUGUCGUUAAAAGAACAAAGGAUACUUGUUAAGUAGAUACAUAUAUCAUAAUCUUUUAGACCAGUAUUUAACUUUAUAGUUAAUUUGAAUAAAAUGAAUACAUAUUUACACAGCCAGAUUUAAAUGUGGUCAUAUAUUGUCUUCACCCUUGUUCGUCCGUCCUUUAGUCUAUCACAGUUGCUUGUGGAUGCUCGAUUGGCUAAAAUUUAUUAUCCGAUUGACUUGAAAUCCAUAUAGUGUUUACAUUGGAGUUAUGGCUCUUGAUCAAUUUGAAAAAACUUGUGGAUGCUCUAGAGAUAAUAUAAUUAUUCAAUUGACUAUGAAUUUAUACACAGUGUUUAAUAAGUUGAUAAGACCAACAAGCCUCUUCAUUUCAGAUAUUUACUGUCAUACAAUAAGAACUAGAAGCCCAUCAAAUUUUAUUUAUUGCAGUCGCCCCUGUCCGUCCGUCAGUCUGGUGUCCACAAGCAAAUUUGUGCCAAUUGCAAGGGUUAGUAUUGGUGGUCUAAAUUGUUGCUUUGGGAGAUCAAUGUGUUAUGACCUGUGAACACUUUGAAAUAUCUUUUCAUCACUCUAGUGGCCCUUGAUCACUUGAGAAAUCUUGUGGUCGUGCUAGAGGCUAAAGUUUAUACAAAUUUAUACCCAGUGUUUAAAGAUACUUUCCGGUGUACAAACUGUGUGAUUUGAUGAUAUAUACUAUUCAAAAAAAGUAGGGGAUAUUUGAUUUUUAAGUGUUAUUAAAGUCACCUAAUGAAACCGACGAAGAAACAAAUGACAAAAUGAAAUGAAGUUUACAUUCAUCGAUUUAUUCCAAAUGAUCGUUAGACUAAGUAAGGCACAGACUGACCAGUAUAAGGGUAAAAUGAUACCCGGGGUCAAACAGCAAAGUUACCACAGCAUCACAACCAAGUCAGUAACGGGUAAAUCCUCCUCUGUUUGCCAAACAAGCAUUGAUCCGACGUGGCAUACUCCUAAUGAGACGUCUAAGGUCAUUUUGGUCCAGAUUGUCCCAUUCCUGUUGCAACGCAGCAGCAAGUUCUUGGACAUUGGCAGGACGUUGUUGACGUUGACGUAACCUCUGUCCAAGCAUGUCCCAGACAUGCUCGAUGGGGGAGAGGUCGGGACUCAGUGCUGGCCAAGGUAAUGUGGUGAUGUUCUGUUGUUGGAGGUAACCUGUAACGAUCCUGGCCCUGUGACAUCUUGCGUUGUCAUCCUGGAAGAUGAAACGGCGGCCAUGACGUCGUGCGAACGGCACAACAUGGACUGCCAAGAUGUUGUCCCGGUAGUACUGGCCUGGAACACGCCCUGCAACAACAUGUAAAGCCGUUCUUCCAGCAACAGUGAUGCCUCCCCACACCAUAACAGAACCACCCCCAAAUCGAUCAUGUCUGAUGACGUUAACGUCUUGGAAGCGCUCGUUUCGACGACGCCACACCCUCCUACGUCUGUCCAAAAAAUCAACAGUGAACCUUGACUCAUCUGAAAACAUCACGUUGCUCCAGCGUCGAUUAUCCCAGUGUUGACGAUCCCAACACCAACGACGUCUUGCCUGAAUGUGAUGAUCUCUCAAACAAGGGAUCACGCGCUGAUCUGAUUUGCUGUGAUGACACGAUUUCUCAAGGCCAAGGUACGGAUAAAUCGAUCCUGGGCUUGAGUUGUCGCCCUUGGUCGACCUGAGCGUGGUCUGUCCUGUACAGAUUGUGUAUCACGGUAUGUGGACCAUAGCCUGCUUAUGACAAACUGAGAAACAUUCAUCGUCCGCGCCACAACCGCCUGUGUUGUGCCGAUCUGUAGCAUGCCAAGGGCACGUAACCUUUCAUUUUGGGUAAGCCGACGCAUAUCAAAAUUUGUUUUCUGGUCACUAAAACAAUUAAACUGAUGUUUCCACCCUGGAAUUCAAUGCCACAGUGACUGUAACAUUCAAAGUCAGAGUCGUGCAAAUCUUGGGUUGGACCCCCAUGAUGAUCCCAAGCAUCACCUGCAUUCCAUGCGGUAGCUAUUGGUGCGUUUGGGCGUCACAUGUAACUGGAAAUGUUUCUUCUGUUAGGUUCUAUAGUGACUUUUUUCGUAGUCAUUUGCAUAUUUUAGUAUUAUGCCCCCAAAAUCAAAUAUCCCCUACUUUUUUUGAAUAGUAUAUUUGGACUAAAAACAUAUUCAAGCAAAUUAAUUUGUCUAAAAUUUGCUUCAAAUCCCUCUCAAAUCUUUGUACUCGCGGUGAGAUACCUCAAGCUAUAAAUAAACUGUUGUUAGAAGCCAUUACUGUCUCCUCACUUUCAACUUGCAGAGUCUUUUGUACAUUGACACCCCUCAAUGUUCCCAAAUCAAGCAAUAACAACCGCUCCCUCAGUCAAGCUAGCACACAAUAAGCUGGCAGACAACAGUUGGGUUGCCAGUUAGUGAUACCCUGACAUUUUUGUCCAGUGAUUGCCCCAUAUGUGUUUUUGGGGUGAUCCAGUAUUGGGUGUCUUUCCAUAUAUACCAAAUUUGCCAUACUUUUAUUGGAAUUAACCACUCGAUAAGUACUUUUGGGACAAUGUAUCUUUAAGCUCAUGAGACAAACAAUCGAAACAAAUUCUAAUGAUUUCUGAUAAUUACUUAAUGGGUUGUUACUCGUUAUAAGAUUUUAGUGUUUGUAAAUGUGUUCAUUACUGACAAAAACAAAUAUGCAAAAAACCUGGUUGACUGCCCAGACGACUUAGCUGCUGUGGGCAUAUGGUUUGUUACCUGGCAACCUAUCUUUAGAGUCUUGAAAGUGCUCCCAGAAUACAUUUGCGACAGCCUUUGUUGACUGUUCACAUGAUUUAACUGAUGUGUGCAUAUGUUGCCUGGCAACCUUAUCUUUUUUUAUUUUGUAUGAAAUAGAAACUUUGUAAGUUAUUCUUUCAGCAUUAUCAUUCUGAUUAAAAUCAGAUGUAAUUUCCAUUUGUGUUUUUAGUCCAUAUUUUAAAGUUCACCAUUAUGAUGUGUUACAGAAUAGAAUAUGUAAACCCUGUAAUAAUAAACCCCAAUCAACAUGUUUCUCCCUUGACUCGUUCAUUGAUGUAGAAUUUUAAAAGUAUACUAAUCUCCCUUGUGUGUAUUCAGUGGGGGAUGCAGGUUUUAAAGGCAGAGGUGUCAAAAUAUGUGCCAGUGGCAAUUGUUAGUAUUAGUGGUCUAAAUUUUUGCUUUGGGAGAUCAAUGAGUUAUAACCCGUGAACACUUUGAAAUAUCUUUUGGUCACUCUAGUGGCUAAUGUUAUUUUCUGCUUGAUUUGAAAUUGGUACACAGUGUUUAUGUGAAAAAUCCAAUUGAUUUUUAUAUGCCCACAUUGAAAUAUGGUUGUAUGUUGUUGUCGCCCCUUCCGGCAGUCUAAAAUUCUUGAAAUGAAUAUCCGAUUGAUUUUAAAUUUAUACACAGUUUUUAAGGUCAUGAGACGAACAAGCCUAUUGAUUUAUAACGAUUUUCGAUAAUUACUGCCAGAGUUAUGGCCCUUGAUCCAAUUGACUUUAAAGUUCUACAGUGUUUAAGUUCAUGAGACGAAGAUUCCUAUUGAUUUUCAACGAUAUCCGAUAAUUACUGCCAGAGUUAUGGCUCUUGAUCACUUUGAAAAUCUUGUGGAUGCUCUAGAGACCAAAGUUAAUAUCCAAUUGAUUUUAAAUUUAUACACAAUGUUUACAGUCAUGAUAUGAAAACACCUAUAUAUUAUGGGCCUUGAUUACUUCAAAGAUGCUCUAUAGGCCAAAGUGAUCAUUCGAUUGACCUGAGAUUGAUACACAGAGUUUGAGGUCUUGAGAUGAACAAAUAUAUUGAUUUUCAAUUAGGAGAUAAACACCGACUGUUUAGAAUUUAGAGGACUGUUAUUGUCCAUUUGAUACCGCUUAAAUCAUUAGAGGCUGAUACCGUAACUUGAACAGCUAAAUCCAUGAUAUUAAAUGUUUUGUAUACUAAAUGUUAACACAGGGCAGAACUGGAAGCCAAACAAAUUCUAAUGAUAUUCUGAUAAUUACUUAAAGAGUGUAUUAUAAAUGUUUCAUUACUAACAAAAGAAAAAAUAUGCGACAACUCUUGUUGACAGCCCGGACGAUUUAGCUGCUGUGGGCAUAUGUUUCAUUGCCUGGCAGCCUGUCUUUACUAUUUCUGAUAACUCAAACAUAAAUUUACAGUCUGACUACCCUACAUGUUUUGUAUAAUAGGAAGAACUGGAUGUCAAUCAGAUUUUAAUUAUUUUUAAUUAUGAGUUACGGAUAAUAUAAUGUUAUAAAUGAACAGACCACAUUAUAGAAAUGUACAUAUUUUAAGGUGUUGACAUUAAAAAAUGUUGUUUGAUUA